AUGGCAGACGGAAAAGAAGCAAUAUUCUCGCCCAGUGGUGUCGACAAUGCAUCUUCAGACGGUUACAACGCCCCGAAGCGGAGCUACUGGACAGAAGAGAUUGAUGCCAAGAGAGGAGAUCUCUUGCUUCUAGCAUGUUGCUUUGUUACAGGUCUGCUAGACUGUUCGACCUUUCGCAACUGGGCUACUUUCGUGAGCAUGCAGACUGGUGAGAUCGAUCUCGGAAUCGCUGAUGUCGGGUUCCUGGCUGAUCUUUGAUGAAUUCCCAGGUAACACGAUCAUCCUCUGUCUCAGCACUGCGGGACUACCAGUUGGACAGGUUCGUGAAACGAUCGCGGAUCAUCGAUCGAGGCAGAAACUGAUUCCAAAAUCUAGCCAUGGGCCUGGGCAGCAACGCUCAUCUCUCUGAUAGCUUUCUUCGUCGGAGCAUUCGUCUGCACCCGCCUCAGUAACGCUUUCGGCCCCAAGCGCCGACUCAUCCUCACGACCAACAUCUUUCUCCAAGCACUCCUCAUCACCCUCUCGGCUGCUUUAGCAACAGCUUCCAUCGCCAUCUCGGACCGCAACACCACCAACCCCUCGGUAAUCCUCCACGAUCCAAGAAUCCUCGUCUCCGUAGCUCCCCUAGCUUUCCAAUCCGGCGCCACAAUCGCUACGUCCAGACUGCUAGGUUUCGGAAACGAGAUUCCCGUGACGGUAUAUACGAGUACGUACGCGGCUCUCGCGGCUGAUCCGAAAUUGUUCCAUCUGCACGGCAACACGCCGAGGAAUCGAAGGGUAGCGGCUGUUGUGUGUGUUUUUGCGGGGGCGUUUGUGGCGACGUGGGCGGAGAAGAGGAGUGAAGGGGUUCUGGUCACGUUUUGGACUUCGGCGGGGAUUAAAUUCGUGCUUGCCGGUGUCGUUGCUUUUGUGUUUCCGAGGAAGGAGGAUCAGGUCGCUGUUUGA